GCUGCGGAGCGAAGGUUCGGAUCACCUGAACACCGCGUACAGAGAGGAACACACACCAUAUACACUUAAAUACACACCUGUACAGGUUGGUUCCGUCUGUCGUUCUGGAGGAAUGUGGAGCGUCUGAAAAUAAACGGAUUUAUUUAACGCCACGUUCCUGAAGCUGAAACCGCGAGCAUGGCGUCCGGCGGGUUCAAAUCCAACGCGGCGACGGAUUUUCUGGAGGAAUGGAAAGCCAAACGCGAGAAGAUGAGGGCGAAGAUGUUAGGAGACAUCGCCGCCAUAACGAGUGCCAACGUGAUCACCAGCUCCGGCUCAGGCAGCGCCGACAAACUGGAUACCAGAUCGAAUCCGGAUCUCAACGCGUCCAACGGGAACCCUGAGAGGAGCGCCACGCCCCACGCCGUCGCCCGCUCGGCCUCGUCCUCCGCGCUGACCAGGAGGCCGGAGGACGAAGCGCACGUGCACGCUCACGCGUAUGCGCAUGUACAUCCGGUACAGAUGUCCACGCCCGUGCCGGCCGUGCGAGGACCCGACGCCAAGAAAGCCGCGGAGAAAUCGGUGGAGGUCGGAGCUGCGCCAGCCGGUCAGGAUAGUGACGUCGACAGCCCUAAAGGAAAAGAGAAGAAGAAUUCGGGACCCAGUGCGAGGAAGGGCAAAGGGCAGAUCGAAAAGAGGAAGCUGCGCGAGAAGCGCCGGUCCACCGGAGUGGUCAGCAUCCCAUCCAACGAGAGUCUGGACGAGCUGGACGAUGAUGAUGGAGAGAAGGAGAGGAGAGGUGAUGAAGAUCUCACCCAGCAUAACACCGUCCAAAACGAGUCCAUGACCUCCGACCCGGGAGCGGCGCAUUCACUACAGGACUCCUCCAGAUCAGGACGUCACAGAGGUGAGGAUGAUGUGGGUGGUAACAGACAUCGACAGACUCCUCGUCAUGGCACCACAGGACUGGAAAGGAGGAUCGAGGAGCUGGAGAGGGAACUGGCCCUGGAGAGACAGGAGAACGCUCGGCUGUUGAGAUCUCAGCAGGAUAAAGACGAGCUGAUCGUUAAACUGAAGGACGAGAUCGAUCUGCUAAACAGAGAUCUGGACGAUAUCGAGGACGAGAACGAGCAGCUGAAGCAAGAAAACAAAACCUUACUGAAGGUGGUGGGGCAGCUAACGAGGUAGAACCCAGAACGUCCUCGUCUCCACCGCCGCCGCCGCUGCUACGUCUCCACCGCUGAUCACGCUACGCUGUUCUGUCGCGUCCUGUCGCGUUCCGUCGUGUUUAAUGUAAAUGUGUAGAUACAGAACCGUCAGAGAGAAGAUAUGAAUGUAUCGUUUGAUUCCUGUUCUCGUUCGCGUAUUCGAGCUAAAUUAGCCGCUAACUAGGCUGUGUUCCAAACGCUAGUCCAUGACUAGCAGGUUUUGUUUAGAAACGAACCAACCACUAGAACACCACGAUUCUGGCUAACAAGACCUUUUUUUAGAUGCUAAUUUAGAAUGUCUACAUGCUAGCUAGCUAAUACGUAUUAGCUUCCAUCGCUCUCUUGAAGUGUGUAGUAAAUAAGUGUUUAGAAAAAUUUCCAGUCACACACGCUAACUGCUAAAUAGUCAGUUAGCAAGAAUUGAAUGCUACAAUUCUGCGUUGAUAUGUGGUAGCUAGCUACUGCGCUAGUCAAUAAUCUUGUUUCUGAGCAUAGCAAACACCAGAACGCUACAAAUCUGCGCUAACGACCUGCUAGUACUUAUUUUCCAUUUUCUUGCUAGUACUUAUUAGCAAGAAAUAGCUAGUUUCUGAAGAACACAAACACUAGAACGCUACAAUUCUGGCUAACAAGACUUUUUUAGAUGCUAAUUUAGAGUGUUUACGUGCUAGCUAGCUUACACACAUUAGCUUUCGUCGCUCUUUGAAGUAUUUAGUAAAUAAAACUAUUUUUGACACCCGUCACACACGCUAAGACGUAACAUAGCUGAGAAAGUAGCAUUUAGCUGAAAUGCUAACUGCUGAUAGCCAGUUUGCUAACAAUUCAAGUCUAUUUUUUUUGUGAUGCUCAAAUUGUAUUGAUUAACGUCUAGCACUAACGUCAUGCUAAUUACUCAUCCAGUUUAAUGAACUAGCUGCUGGUCAGCUAAUUAGCUAGGUAAUAAAUAGCCUAGAACUUAAAUAGCGGGAAGUUAAAAUGCUAGCCGGUUAGCUGUUUUAUUACUACACAGACCACAAGAGCACGUGCUAGCUUUCUGAUAGCACAUACAAGAGCACAUGCUAGCUUUGUGAUAGCAAGUUUGCUAGCUUCUAAAUGCUACAGAGUUUUGCCAGUGUUUUUUAGCGACUUGUUUAUAUCAAGCUAGCAUCUCAGAGCCGUUAGCAGUGCGUUUAUGUUUUGUGUUGCUAAACAGCUGUUAUUGUUCCCGCUACAGUAGUGCUAACUUAUGCUAAUUGAAACUCAUGAAACGUUAGCGUCUUCCAACGUGUAGCGUGUUAUGGUUAGCGCUGCGUUCACACUCUAGCUGAUAGCUAGCCGAACACUAGCGUUUGGGAAACAGCCGGGUGCUCGUUAGCUUGUCGAUUCACCAACACUGAAAAGUAGAUUAUAACCAGCAAACGAGUCUGAGCUGGAUGUGCAGGGACUCACUGUGACCUGGACCAGGGGCCCCGAUAGAUAAUGUUCACUUGGGCCCCUAGAUUUGGCCCUAAGACGCCUGAUCAUCUAGCAGACGCUUUUAUCCAUCCACGCUUUUCUUUUUUCAGGGUGGUUGUAGCCUAGCGGUUAAAGUACUGGACUAGUAAUCACAAGGUUGCUGGUUUAAAUCCCACCACUGCCAGGUUGCCACUGUUGGGCCCUUGAACGAGGCCCUUAACCCUCAAUUGUAUGAAUUGUGUUUAGUCACUUUAGAUUAAAGCUAAAGGCAGUAGUAUAGUAGUUGUUAAGGUGCUGGACUAGUAAUCAUAAGGUUGCAGGUUCAAGUCCCACCUCUGCCAAGUUGCCACUGUUGGGCCCUUGAACGAGGCCCCUAACCCUAAGUUGCUUGAAUUGUAUUUAGUCACUUUUCUGUUAGUCACUAGGUUAAAGUUAAAGGCAGUGGUGUCUUAGCGGUUUAGGUACUAGACUAGUAAUCAUAAGGUUGCUGGUUCAAACCCCACCUUUGCCAGGUUGCCACUGUUGGGCCCUUGAACGAGGCCCCUAAAUCUAAUUGCUUAAACAGGGUUCAGUCAUCAUUGUAAAUCGAUUUGCUGCAAAUGUAAAUGUACUGGACUAGUAAUCAUAAGGUUGCAGGUUCAAAUCCCACCUCUGCCAGGCUGCCACUGUUGGGCCCCUGAGUGAGGCCCCUAACCCUCAAUUGCUUGAAUUGUGUUUAGUCACUUUAGAUUAAAGCUAAAGGCAGUGGUAUUUUAGAGGUUUAGGUGCUGGACUAGUAAUCUUAAGGUUGCUGGUUCAAGUCCCACAUCUGCCAGGUUGCCACUGUUGGGCCCUUAAGCGAGGCCCCUAACCCUCAAUUGCUUGAAUUGUGUUUAGUCACUUUAGAUUAAAGCUAAAGGCAGUGGUAUUUUAGAGGUUUAGGUGCUGGACUAGUAAUCUUAAGGUUGCUGGUUCAAGUCCCACCUCUGCCAGGCUGCCACUGUUGGGCCCUUGAACGAGGCCCUUAACCCUCAAUUGCUUAAAAACUGUAUACUGUAAGUCACUCUGGGUAAAUGUAUCCAAAGUAAAGUGUACAAGCAAAUGAAGAUUGAGGGCCGUGCUCAGGGGUCCAACAGUGUCAGCUUGGUGCUGGGGCUUGAACCGGCAACCUUCUGAUUACUAGUCCUGGUUGCUUUCCUUUGUCCUGCAGCCCAUCAUCAGCCCACAAUAAGCCCCAGUUCCUCCAGGUUUAUGAGGGCCCAGAUCGGGCGGACCCCUGGGGGCCCCGCACACGCGCCCAAUAAAGACGAGUUUGCUGCAAAUGUAAAUGUGCUGAACUAGUAAUCAUAAGGUCGCAGGUUCAAACCCCGCACACGCCCAAUAAAGACGAGUUUGCUGGUUUUAAAGUGCCGACGAUGGAUUUUUAUUUUCAUUUUCAGAUUUUUAUGCUUUUGUUUUCAUUCCUGCAAUAAAAUCUAAAUAAAAUAAUCAAAUAUUUUCCUCAUGAGAUGAAACGUUCGUUCCUUAGCUUCUCAUUUCUGUCAGAAAUAUCAUCGUUUUCUUCUUUUUUCCGUCAGGUGUGUUUUAUCCGUGUUUACGUGCUUUAUUUACGCUGUACAUGUUAGACCAGAUUCCUCCAGCUUCACAGAUCCAGUCGUGUUUAUAGAGAAAUGAAUAUAAUAUGAAUAUCUCGUGCAUUAGCUCUUUAUCUCACUUGUUUUUUUGCGCUCUUGAUGGUUGCGGCUCGUAAUCCACGCUGUAUAAAACCGUACCGAGAUAUGAAUUGUACUUUUGGUUCCAUUCUCAGCAUUCAGAAGAUGUUAAUAAAUAAAAGUUGGAUUAUCA